UUGAUCUUCUCUCUUAGCUUUCUACAAUGGCUGCCUACGAAUAUUUCCCCUCUCCCCCUUUCCCCUUUGUCCACCCUGUCGCUCCUCCACCACCGCCUCACGUCGUUCCUCCCCCACCUCACGUAGUUCCUCCUCCACCACCGCCUCAUGUCGUUCCACCACCACCUCAUGUCGUUCCGCCACCACCUCAUGUUCAUCCACCUCCGUUCCACCCCGUUGCACCACCCCCUCAUGUUCCUCCACCAUCUCCGGAUAAUGGUCCGACCGUGGUCAUAGUGGUCUUCGCCUCGUUCGGAUGUUUCUUCUUUGCUGCCUUCUGCUGCUUCGCGCUUUGGUGCUUUAUCAAGAAGAGGAGAGAGAAGAAGACGGUGAAUGAGACUGAUAUCGUACGUACCGAUGAACAUAUACGGGUAAAAGAGGCCAUAGUGCAAGGUCCGAAUGGGCCGGAGCUCGUCGUCCUGUCUAUUGAGGAUGACAAGCAUAUUCAAGAAGAGAUCAUCAAGAAUGAGAAGAUGGAAAUGAAGCAGUUGCACACAAAUGCGAAAUCUGGAGAAACUGAGGCUGGAAAUUCUUCUACAAUUUCUAGUACUCAUCAAACUCGUAAUCUUUUGUAACACAACCCCUGAAAGAAUGUAAUAAGAUGUGGCUGCUGCUAAAAUUUAUGGCUGCAAUAUUCAAAAUUUGAUGUGUAAAAAGUGGUUUUUAAUUGUUAUGCAAUAUAAUAACUUAUGUUUUAA